ACCGGAUGUAGAAUUUUUACUCUCAGACUGUCGUCCGCCAUUUUCAGCACAGUAUCGCUCGAGUCCUUUCUGUUAUUUGAUUUGCUAAAAUAACAAACUUAGUUUGCAGAACUUGUCUGUGGAAAGACAGUCUUUUGUUGCCCUCUGAAAAUGUCUAACGAGCAGGCCGAAAUCGCGAUCGAGAAUGCAAAUCAGCCGCCGGAGCAGCAGCAGGGAGAAAUGAAUGGAAAAGCCAAGCCCGAGUCCAAUCUGAGCAGGAAGGAGAGACCUCAGAAGAGGGGUGGAGGUGGCCGAUUUGAACCCUAUGGCAACAUAAACAAACGAUACCGCGUGGUUGUCAGCAACAUUCCCUAUGAUGUGAAAUGGCAAACCCUUAAAGACCUGAUGAAAGAAAAAGUGGGUGAGGUAACGUACGUGGAACACUUAAUGGACGCAGAAGGCAAAUCAAGGGGUUGUGCUGUGGUUGAGUUCAGGACUGAAGAGCUAAUGAAGAAGGCUGUGGAAAAAGUUAACAAGCAUAAUCUAAAUGGAAGACCUCUUAAAGUGAAAGAAGAUCCUGAUGGAAUCAUUUCACAAAGGGAGAUUAGCAAAUGUCAAGGUGGAGGUCCACCAGUAGGCCCUGGCGGAAUGGGUGGAAUGGGUGGAAUGGGCGGUAUGGGGGGAAUGGGAGGAAUGGGGGGAAUGUUGGGAGGAAUGGGUGGUGGGAUGGACCGUAUGGGUCCUGGACCAAGUGGUCCCAUGGUCAGUAUUCCUCCCAGCUUGAUGAACAACCCAAACAUCCCCAAUGAGGUCAUCCACGGUCUCCAGGCUGGCAGGAUUGGAAGCACUGUAUUUGUGGCAAAUCUGGACUACAAAGUUGGUUGGAAGAAGCUGAAAGAAGUGUUCGGCAUGGCCGGCAUGGUGGUCAGGACGGACAUUCUGGAGGACAAGGACGGGAAAAGCAGAGGGAUGGGCACUGUAACAUUCGAAAUGCCAAUCGAAGCGGUCCAAGCUGUCUCCAUGUUCAAUGGGCAGCUUUUAUUCAACCGGACCAUGCAUGUCAAACUGGAUGAAAAAUCUCUUCCCAAAGACUUUGGACCACCAGACAGAUCAGCUGCUUUGCCUCGUGGCCUCAGCGGUGUUGGUUUAGGUCUAGGACCUGGUGGUCAGCCUAUUGAUGCUACCCAGCUCAACAGAGGCGGUGGAGGCGGCAUGGGGAACAUGGGUCCAGGAGGAAUGGAUGGAAUGGGAUUUGGCAACAUGGGAGGUCGCAUGGGAGGAGGUGGAGGAAUGGAUAACUUUGGCGGAAUGAACAACAUGGACCGUUUUGGCUCUUCUGGGAUGGGCAGAAUGAAUGAGAUGGACCGUGGGAUUGGUGGUGCUUUUGACAGGGAAUUUGGGAGAAAUGAAAUGGGAAUGUCUCGGAAUAAUUUUGGAGACUCCUUUGAAAGAGGAAUGGGGAACUCUAUGGGUAUGGACCGCAUGGGUUCUGGAAUGGAUCGUCUGGGAGGCAACAUGGAUCGCAUGGGAGGGAUGGACAACCGAAUGGGUAUGGACAGGAUGGAUCGGGUGUCUGACCUGGACCGGAUGGGAACCGGAUUUGACCGCAUGGGCUCUGGGAUGGACCGGUUGGGGCCAGGAAUGGACCGGCUCGGUCCAGGCCUGGACCGCAUGGGCUCUGGGAUGGAUCGCAUGGGCCCUACUGGGUUUGAUCGCUUGGGCUCAUCAAAUUUGGAUCGUAUGAGCAGCAACAUGGACUUCAGCUCCCCGAUGGGAAUGGAUCGGAUGGGCAACACCGGCCUCGACCGAAUGGGAAGCAGCUUCGACCGCAUGGGAUCCACAGGUGGCAUUGACCGCUUUCCCCCCGGCGGCCUGGACCGCAUGAACUCCGGCAUGGAUCGGAUGGGAUCUGGAGGUGUGGGGGGUCAGUUUGAUCGCUCCGGUGAUGUGAAUCGGGGAUUUGGUGGGAACUCCUUCGGUGGAGCCGGAGGUGCAGGGCCUGGAACUGGAGGUGGCAAUCUGAGGAAGGGAUGCCAAAUCUUUGUUAGAAACCUCCCAUUUGAUUUUACCUGGAAGAAUCUGAAGGAUACUUUCAACACCUGUGGUAUGGUCCAGUACGCUGAUAUAAAGAUGGAGAAUGGGAAGUCCAAGGGCUGCGGCGUGGUUCGCUUCGACAGCCCUGAGACCGCGGAGCGUGCGUGCCGGACCAUGAACGGCUUUCGGCUGAGUGGGAGAGAGAUCGACGUGAGGAUCGACAGGAACGCAUAAGCAAACCUGUUUCAUGAAGGACAUUUAUUUUAGUCCAUAAUGUCCAAACACUGCUUCACCUGGAUUUCCCUCCACUGCUCUUGUUUUGGUAGUUUCUGUAACAACAAACAGGAUAUUUUAGUUAGCAGUUUGUAGCAGUCAAUGUAUUCUUAGUUUUUGUCCUUUCAAUUUUAUGAGACCAAAUUUUUAAUUUUUGCCAUGCUUCUAUUGUUAGUUCUUUUUGGUCUGCAGGUUGUUUUGAAAAUAAAACCUCAAUUUCAGAAA